AUGCAAAACUCUAUAAUAGAGUUAAAAGUGUAUAGUGCUCACACGGGCAAAAUGCUAACCACAAAUCCCUACAUAUUCCUGAACAUUCAAGAGUUUAAGGAUUGGGUGGCAGAGCAAUUUGAUAUACCCCUAGACUCGCUAUUAUUGCUAACACCGCAAGGCCUAAAAGUUAAAGAAUCAGUGUUCCAUCAUGCUGGAGAGAUAUUUGCAUUCAACAAGGCAGCAAAUAUUAAAGAUCAAUAUAAUGUUGCGAAUAACAACCCUGGAAUAAUAAAAGAGGUCGAAAAAUCUCCAUAUGAUUUUAAUAAUGAUGUGCAGAUAGACAAGAAGAAUGGAAACAUGGAACCUGAGCGAGAUAUCUUUUACGAAAAUAGUGAAGUCAUCAGACCCAUUCAAUCCCCUCUAUUAGACUUUAAUAUCCAGGAGAACCAAACAGAUUAUCGACAACUAUUGAGUAUAAUAACCACGAAUGCUAGCUGGUCGACAGCAGUGCUAUCAGACUCAGUGUUCUCAGAGAAGAACAUUCACGAAAAGAUUGGGGAGAUCUCAAAUAUUUUUAGAAGCUUGGGCAUUACUGGAAAAUAUCUUGAUUUGCACCUCAGUGAAAUUUCUAAUAAGUUUCUGCUAUCUAAUGAUUUAAUAGCCAGCCUAGAGAAAAACAGCUUGAGUGGUUCUUGGGAGAACUAUUAUAGUGGAUUACAGAACAUACAUCUUUUCAAUGAUAAGCAAGGUAAUUUGGCCAGUAUAAUAUCAUACGAGGAAAUUGAUAGAAAUGCCAAUGAAUCAAUAAGUUUAAGCAAUCAAUUGGGGAAAAAAGUCACUGUGAUACAAACCAAAUUGGACCUGGUGAGGUCUGAAAGAUCAACUUUAGAAAAGAAGAUUGAGAUAUUUAAACAGAACUCAAUCAUAAAAAACUUCAACAAUUUGAACUUAAAUGAUAUUGUCAAACAGAUAAAGAACUUGAGCAAACUACUACAGCAAGAAACAAAGGAAUGUAUUGAAAUUUUUCCUGAAUACCAGACAUUCACAUCAGAAAUUUCAAUACCCAAGGAACAACUCAGUAAGCUCUUGAAAACCAUUUCUCGCCAUCAGCAGGUCUAUGUUCCCGAGACUCUUCAACUUGCGAAUGACCUAUAUUAUUUACAGUUAAAUCUAAAUGCCUUGUACAAAAAAUUGAAGAUUACUAUUUGUGAGGUCGUGAGUAAAACCAAUUCUAUUCAAGCAAAUUUGGCAGAUGUCCGAUUUGGAAUGAAGUCAAUGAUCAAACAAAUUGACGAUUUACAAGUCAUUGAAUCAAAUAUUUGUACGGUAAUCGAUUUGCCUUUACUAUAUGGAAUAUUUUUGUUAGAGAACGUCCGAAGAAUUGAAUGGGAUAAGGAAUUAAAGAACAUUGUGGGUAAAACUGCGGAGAAUUUUUCUUUGAUUAACGAAAAAGAGGUUAGGCUCAGAAAAAAGUGGGAGAAGAAUUAUGGGUUGAUUCUCAAGUUGUUGAAAUUGGAUAAUGUUUUCACAUUGCAUAAUUUGCUGACAGUCGACCUCACCACUAAUAAAGAUGAAACGAUUAAGGGUUUGACUUUGAACGUCACACGGCAGGAUGUUGCUGAUUAUAUUUCCAACUUGAAAGAUAAUAAUAUAUCUGAAGAGGCAAUUACAAUCUUAAAAAAUUCUCUCAGAGAUUUGAACAAUCAAAAGGUUAGCUUGUAUAGCAAGUUUGAUGGAUACUUGAACUUUCAAAUUAGCAAAGAUUCGAAUGCCACCGAUAACGAGCUUAUCCAAAGUUAUCAAACCAGAAUCAAGAAACUAGAAUCAAUUUUACAUCAGCAUAAAUAUAAAAAUCUAAAUCAAUGGCCUUUAAUUUUUCCACAGACUGCUGGUGGAAAUGGAGCUGCUGAACACUCGAGAUCCAGGAGUCCAUCAAAUCACAAUAAACGCGAGCAUCAUGCUCAAAAUACCCUGUCUCACGAUAUCAUGAACAAACUCAAUAUCACUUCCCAAAGAUCAUUAUCCACUACGUCUUUGAAUAGAGUCAGUACUGUCACCACUGUUGAGAAAAAAAGUUCUCCAAAAGUCAAUAAUAGAAAACAGAGCUUUGGGGGGAUGUUUGGAAUAAAGCAAAGAAAAGCGAGUUUACUAUUAAAUAAUGGAAACAUUGAACUUACUAAUUCCAUCGUGUUGUUGACAGAAAAUGAUAACACCCAAAAUAGAAUUAUGGUGAAUAAUGAUCCUUCAUCUCCUUCUUCAGGAAAAAAUAAUCGUCUGUAUUCUCUAGGUGAAGAAAGUGUGAAAAGUGAUGAGGCUGAUUUGGAUACAGAGUAUAUUAGGGUAAAAACCUCCGAAUGGAAUACUUUGAAGAAUAAGAAUAACGAAUUGUUUGUUCAGAACAGUGAUCUUCUUGCAGAAAAUCAAAAAAACAACGAGGAGAUUAAAUUAUUGAAGCAGAAGUCAAAUAAUCUAGUUCAAGAGCUUGAAGGCCAAAAUAUACAGUUAAAAAAGUGCAGUGAACAAGAAAAUUUGAUAAAUAGAUUGAAUAAUGAAAACUCUGAUUUGAAUCAAGAGAUAGAUGAUAUUGUGGGAAAAUUAAAGGCCACUCAGUUUGAACUCGAUACAAAAACUGAGAAGGUUUCCGAAAACUUCAAGAUAAUUGAUAAGUUAAAAAAAGCAUUAAGUGAGGCUGCAAACAAUCUUGAAAGACAGAAGGAGCAAUCAUCGGCCAUAAAGAAUGACUUGCUUUCUACCAAAAAAGAAUUGCAUGAGAUUCAUCAAAAGUCUGAUAAGUCUGAGAAUAGGCUAAAAAUAUUAUCAAGAGAUUUUGAAAAAGCUACCGAGAAGGUUAAUUCGCUUAAAGAACAAAAUAUUGAUCACGUCAAUAUGAUACAAAGUUUGGAGGCAGAUUUAGUGAAGCACCAAGACCAAUUGAAGAAUGCCAAUGUCGCAGAUCUGAGGGCAGAAAUCGAAUUAUUGGAGAAGCAGAUUGCCCAAAAGAAUGAAGAAAUAACAGCGGUUAAUGAAAACUUCCAGAAAUUAAAGGUUGAAUUUCAAGAUAUUGGCUCUGUGAAAAAUGACUUGUUGGCAAACAUGCAUGCAAAAGAAGAAGAAUUUUCUAGAGAAAGGAAUUCAACGUCAAAGGAAAUUAGUGAAUUGAAAGCUAAAGUUGAAGGAUUAGAGGAUAAUGAAGAUAUUUUGGAUAACUUGAAUAAAGAAUUAGCUUUGAAGAACUCGAAUUUGGUUAAUAUUGUGAUUAAAUUGAUUGAUAUUAUUUCCAAUUUCAGGACUAAAUUGCAUGAGUUGUCCUCGUUAUUGUUUGAUAAUUUCAAAUUGAUUUGCUCUUGCUUUGAGGCUAUUGGUUUGUUAAUAACCAAAAAUGACUUGAUACCGGAUUCUGUCCUAUUGAGCAACGAUAUCGUGAAACUUGGAGAAUCAUUUAUUGGUAAAGAUUCUGACAAAGGGAUUAGGAUUCUUCGGGUAAAAGGAUUAAGGAACAAAACCAAGUCUAAAGAGGAUUUGAUUUACUCAAAGCCUGUAUCACCAUUGAUCCAGGUAGUCGAAAAUAAGAUAGAUUGGAUUGGCUGUAAGGAAAUUUUCGAAAUUGACGGUGAUGAUUUUUCAAAACAUGAAGGAGCAGCUACCAAUGAAAAUGGUAUUUUGAAUAUGGUUUCCUCGUCGGUGGUGGACAUAGAUAGGAUUGUGAAUGAAGCAACGAGUUUGAUUGAAAAUUUUAACAAUAACGCUGACUUCGAGAAGAAUUAUUUUAAUUUUAUAACUUCAAUUGUUGUUGAUUAUAAUUUGAUUUAUACAUCAAUGGCGAAGAGAUUUGGUGAUAUUGAGCAUUUGGCAAAGAAACUACAAAAGGAAACCAAAUCGAAUAAGGAGGAGAUCCGAAAGUUAUUAGGUGACUCACGGGGUAAAAUUGCUGUGAAGAAUUUCAAACCUGGCGAUUUGGUAUUGUUUUUACCUACAAGGGAUGGUGAUACUUCAAAGGAUGACGGAGAAAAUAAUUCAACAAUAAAUCAGCCUUGGGCGGCAUUUAACAUUGGAUCUCCACACUAUUUCUUGAAGGAAAACAACAACAUCAACUUAAACAGCAGAGAUUGGAUGGUCUCUAGAAUAUUGUCAAUUAAUGAAUUCAGGAUUAACUCAAAGAAUUUCGAUGAUUUAGAAGAAAAUCCAUUCCGGUUAAGCCAAGGGGUGACUUGGUACUUGAUUGAUGCAAAAGAAGAAUUAUCUGACUCUCUUACAUAG